CUCGUUCCUCUCCCAUUUUAAAUCUAGGGUUUCUCUUUUUCAUUUUUCAAUUUUCAAUUUUUUAAUUCCUCUACUCCCUGGCACACUUAUGAAGUGCAAAAUUUCACAGCUCUUAGAUUCUUAAAUAGGGUUUUGAGCAGUGGAUUCCUCACAUUCUCCAGUUUAAGCUCCAGUUCGUUAUCUAUAUUACUAGCCCUUUCUCAAGAUUCCAACUUUAACAUUUUCUUUGUUGAGCUCGGAGAUUGGUUUCAUCUGUAUUUUUUUGCUGUGUUUGUGAAAAAUCCCGUCUUAAACCCUUUUCUGGAUUUGCAAAUCUUCAUACCAUCCGUGUAUAUGUAUUUAAUUUAUUGCUAAAUUUUAACCAUUUAAGGUUUCUCUGCCAAAGACUAGAUUUUUAUCAGGCUAUAUUGGCGGGGAAGGGGGUUCCUGGCCAAGUUUCUUUAUCAGUAAAUCAGUUAGGAUUCAAGGGCUUCGAGUCUUCUCUGGGUAAAUGCAUGGAUUUGAGGGAAGGCAUGUCGCUAUAUGGCUCAGCUUCUUACUAUAUUAACCCAGGAGGAAUUAGUGUAUCUGGAAGUUCAUCAGGGUUCAAGCCCAUUUUGAACCCUAAUGUUUCAGCAGCAGAGAACCCUUCAACCAGCUUUGAUCGAAGGGUUGACAUGGGUAUGACCACACAUGGUGGCGGCGGCGGUGAUCCAGUGAUGACGAAGAAGAAGAGAGGGAGGCCGAGAAAGUAUGGGCCUGAUGGGUCAAACAUGUCUUUGGCACUGUCUUCCAUGUCCAGCGGGCCUUCCACAAAUCCAGGCCCUAAGCGGAACAAAGGAAGACCGCGUGGUUCUGGUUGGAAGCAACAAUUAGCUCCCCUUGGAGAGUGGAUGAAUAGAUCAGCUGGAGUGGCAUUUACUCCUCAUAUCUUACACAUUCAAAUCGGGGAGGAUGUAGCAGCCAAAAUACUAGCGUUUUCACGGCAAAGGCCGCGGGCAUUAUGUAUAUUAUCUGCAAACGGCACGGUUUCCGCUAUAACAUUGCGGGCCCCAGCAAGCUCUGGUGCCACGGUCACAUAUGAGGGCCGCUUUCAGAUACUGCGCUUGUCAGGUUCGUACUUGGUUGCUGAGAGUGGUGGCAGUGGCCAUCACAACCGAAUUGGUGGAAUAAGUAUUUCCGUUUGUAGCCCCGAUGGGCAUGUCAUAGGGGGUGCCAUUGGAGGCCAGCUCAUAGCAGCAAGUUCAGUUCAGGUGGUUUUAUGCAGCUUUGUACACGGGACUCCGAACGAAAAACACAAGGCAGAGACCGGUGGUGGGGCCGACAUGGACAAUGCGACCCGGCCCGCUGAAAAACUGUCGGGCCCGAUUGUUCGUCCACCCGACCAAGACCGCAUCCCGAGCAUGGCUGCAGCAUGGCAGUCUAACCCCAGCUCCUUAACCCGAAGUUACCAGACCGGGAUUGACCUAACCCGUGGAUGAAUCGUUUCCCUUCAUUCAACGCAACAAUUCACGCUCACAGAGAAGAAAGAAAACAAGGUUCGGUUUUAGGGUGUGCAGAGGACUAUGGUUUCUGGAUUAACAACCCAAAUGCCAGACAAAUUGUUCAUAAGGUGGUUUGUGUAGAGUUUAUGAAAAAACCUUGGAGGGAGAGAGAUUGCAGUGUAUCAUAGGUGCUGUUAACCUUUGAUGAUUUGUUUAGGUUGUUGUAACAUUGAAUAUUU